GGGCAGGGCUGAGGCAUGAGGGCUAGAGAUGGACCCUGUAGCUGGGGCUCCACAGUCCAGGCCUGGCUGCUGUUCUCGUGGGCCCCCAGGACCCGCCUACCCAGGCCAACCACUUCCCCAAUCAAAGCCCUGGUCCUUCCUUGGAUCUUUACAGCGCACAGAUUCUGAGAAGUGUGGAGACUCCUACCCAGUCCAAAGCUUCCCUUCUCCUCUGCUCCUCCGCUGACAGAAUCGGUGGGACAUGGCUUGGAGGGGCUCACAACUGCUAUUGGCCCCUGUGCUGCUGCUGUGCCUGACCUCAGGUGUCUGGGGGUCGACAGUUGUUUCUGAGGAGCUUCACAAAGAGGUAGGACAGAACCUGUACGUGCAGUGCUCGUACAAGCCUGAAGCGGGGCCUUACGUGCCGAAAUCAUGGUGUCGUCAGACAUCUUCAAAUAAAUGUAACAGAGUGGUCACAACCUCCCAGCCUCGGAGGGCCGUCACAGAAUCACAGCAUACAAUCUGGGACGAUCCUGAAGUCGACUUCUUCAGCAUCACCAUCACUCAGCUCACGGAGAAGGACUCAGCAAUCUACUGGUGCGGACUAUUUGAUGUUUCACACAAUACAAUCAAAGUUCUCCGCAACAUCAGCCUGGUGGUGUCUCCAGCCGUGUCCACUCUUCCUCCACCGACCAGCGUCAGGCUCCAAACAAGGACAGUUCUGACCACUUCCCCAGAGGAAACCACUGGCUCUUUCACCGAUGGCUCUCAGCACAGAAACCAGAGUUCUCCUUCAUCUCCUGGCGGGGUCUCCCCAAGGCUGCUGGUCUUCGCGCAGUGUGGACUCCUCCUGCUCAAGGGCCUGAUGCUGUCAGUUCUCUGCGCGGUCCUUUCCUGGAGGAGCUGCCGGGGGCGUGAAUAUGUGGCAGAGACCGUGAUGAUGGAAGUUGCGGAAUAUGCCAGCCUUCCUGACAUCUCAGAGUCCUUGGGCACACGUAACCACAUCUCAGGGUAUGAGAAGAAUGCUUAUUCUCCUAACCCUACCCAGUGACCAGAGCUGCCCAACCGCUGUGUACUACAACCCUACUGAAGCCAUUAGGCAAGCCCAGGGAGACAACUGCCAGAUCCCCACCUAAAAUCAUCAGCAAUGACUGUCACUUUGGUGUCCAGCACCUGAAGAUUCACACACACCCCAGCACACAUCUCCCCCAAGCUGACCCAAGUUAAUCUGCACUGGGUGUCAGAUCCUCAGUACCCCAACACCCUGCUCCCCAGCAUCUCCCCAGAAUCCUACACUGGUGCUUUCUCUCCCACAGCUCUCUUGGUCUCUCUCCUGCCUCCUUGGACUCACAUGUCCCAUGGGCUCUGUCUCCGGAGUGAGUUGCUCACAAGCCCUGUGUGGGUCCACUUGUGCUUAAGUUCGGACUCAGAUUGCAUCUGAGCCGAACUCGGUAAUGCCGUUUCCCCUGGACUUCCUCUCCUCUUGCUCUAGAUUCGUUUAAAAUUAGAGAAAAAUGACUUACUUAAACAAUACAAUGGGAGAAUCAAGAAAGGUUGUGAUCUGCAGACUACAAACAGAGGAAGCCAAGAAGUUAAAGGAAAAAGUGGUUUUUAACAGGACGAAAAACUGCCGACCGCUCAUCCAGAGCACAUAGGCUCUGACCACCAGGGAGCAGUGUUGUGUUGGUUUAUCGAGUGAGGCAAUUUCACCUUCACAUAGAAAUUCUGGUUGUACAAACUUGUGGGAGGUAUGGGUAGAUAGGGGAACCCUUUAGGGAACAAAAACAAUGUCACAUCCAUAAACCAAGAAGAAGCCAGAGUGAUGUUCGGCACAGGUGACGUCCAGUACAGCCUGGACACUGGACAUCGAGCAUGGACAUCCACUGCUGGCAGCAACCACGACAAGGCCACCACGAAGACUGCACAUUUUAUUCUCUCUCUCUUUUUGAUGUGUGGGAAAAUAAAAUACAGAAGUUUCUUCACAGAUAUUUCAGCUGAUACCACACGGCUGCCAUCUAUCUGGGCACACCCUUUCACUGAGUUCAUUCUGCUUAGCCUCGCCCUUUCUUUCCACUCGAUGUCUUCAAACUGAGGCCAUUACUCUUGUGUGUUUGAUGUGUAAUCCUGAACUUGUCUGAAGUCUUACAAAAAGAGUCAUUUUUUUGUGUGACUGUA